AUGGAGGUUCAACUCUUGCCGUAUGCAGUGCUGAGGGGCUGGGGUGCGGAGUACCGCAAAGAGUCGAUGGGCUCUCUAACAUCUGAUAAGAAGGGAUACAACCCUGAGAACGACCCAGAGGCGGAACACAUUCCCAACGACGGGAUAACGUGCAUGAAGUUCUCGCCCAAGGCGAUGGCACCUAACAACUUUUUGGCCGUGACGACGUGGGAAGGGGAGUUGCGAUGCUACGAGGUCGAUGGAUCAACAGGCAAGACAAAGCCCGUUGGCAUGCAGAAGCAUGAGAAGCCGGCAAUGUGCUGCGCGUGGAAGUUGGAUGGCGGUGGCGUAUUAUCAGGAGGAGCUGACGGCAAGGGAAUGCUGUGGGACAUUCGAGCUGGUACUUGGACUCAGAUCGCCAUGCACGAUGCUCCCAUCUCUGGGAUCUUUCACUCUGAAUUGCCAUCCCCUUGUUACAUUACGGGAUCUUGGGAUCGUACUCUGAAAUUCUGGGAUGCAAGAAAUCCCUCAGCUUCUCCAAUUGGCGUUCUACAAGUUCCAGACAGAGUUUAUGCGAUGGAUGUCGUGGAUCAUGUUAUGAUAGUUGCAACUGCUGAAAGACAUGUUCUUGUAUACGACUUACGCAACCCCGCCCAGCCAUUUCGUCAAAAGUUCUCGCCUUUGAAAUACCAAACCCGAUGUGUGGCCAUAUUCCCUGACAAGACCGGGUUCUGUGUCGGGAGCAUUGAGGGGCGGGUAGGCGUUGAGCAUAUCAGCGAUGCUGACCUUCCCAAGAACUUCGCAUUCAAGUGUCAUCGGCAAAACACAAAUGCCAAGGACCCGGAGCUAUAUGCUGUGAACACUAUUGCAUUCCAUCCUUUGGGAACAUUCGCCACAGCGGGCGGGGAUGGAUCUUUCAAUUUUUGGGACAAGGAUGCAAAGCACAGGCUGAAAGCAUUCCAGAGGGCAGAUCAGCCAAUAACAUCCUCACAUUUCAACCAUGACGGAUCACUCUUUGCAUACUCCGUGUGCUACGAUUGGAGCAAGGGAGUUGAUGAAUUCUUGAAGCUGAAUGCCGAGCAGAGGAAAGGGAGAAUCAUGAUACACCUCGUGAAACAAGAAUGCCAGCCGAAAAAAGACGUGAACACCAAACGCUGGUGA